CAGAAGCACGACUCUACGCUGAUACGACGCAUUUCCGCCAGAAGCACGACUCUACGCUGAUACGACGCUCACGAACAUUUCCUGCCGCAUCUCAUCAACCAGACCAAACGCACUCGGGAAGUGGAUGAAUGUUUCCGUUUGCUCUACGAGACCGUCGCCAUUUCAUCAAGUUCUUCUCGGCUAAAUAAUUAGCUACAGGAAAUCAGUUCAAGAUCUACCCAACUUACCAUGUCUGGCCCGGGUUCUGGAUGGGGUGUUCCAGCCCAAAGAAGCUCACAGCGGGAUCCAGAGAUGCUAUUAGUGAAGCUGGGGGACUGUAAUCAAACAGUGGAAUUCAAUGUGAUUGUCAAAGAGGAGGAGGAGGAGAGAGAAAUCAAUGAGGGUGAGGAGGAAGGGCGAGAGGAUGACAGGGACUCAGUUGACCCAGGAGAGAUCCCCAACCCAGACUCAGUCAACAAGCCCAGUUCCACAGCAUCAAGACUGCCUGGUUGUGGGAGUUACCCCUGUCCUCAAUGUGGAAAGUGUUUCAGUUCCUCAACUCAUCUAAAGAAUCAUCAAAGAGUACACACUGGAGAGAAACCUUUUGACUGCUCGGCAUGUGGGAAGAGUUUCAGUGAGAAAGUAAACCUUAAGAGACAUGAGAGAGUACAUAGUGGAGAGAAGCCUUACCAUGGCACCACGUGUCGGAAGAGCUUCAAUCACUCAGGGAGCCUUAAGGACCACCAGCGACUACAUACAUGGGAGAAACCUUACCACUGCUCUCUUUGUGGGAAGUGUUUCAAUCGAGCAGGAGACCUGAAAACUCAUAAGAAAUCACACAGUGGAAAGAAGCCUACCUGUACUUUCAAUGUGAUUGUCAAAGAGGAGGAGGAGGAGGAGGAGGAUGAGGAGAAGGAAAUCGAUAAGGAAAAGAGUGAACAGCAGGAACCUAGUGGUGUAGUUGUCCCAGAUACAUCAAGACUAUCUGGUUGUGGUCGUUACCCCUGUCCUCAAUGUGGGAAGAGUUUCAGUUCCUCAGGUAAUCUAAAGAAUCAUCAGAGUGUACACACUCGAGAGAAACCAUUCCACAGUGCCACAUGUGGGAAGAGUUUCAGUGUAAAAGUCAACCUCACGAGACACGAGAUGGUACAUAGUGGAGAGAAGCCGUACCACUGCACCAAAUGUGGGAAGAGCUUCAUCAAUCAUUCUGGAAGCCGUACACAUAAAAGAGUACAUACAGGGAGAAGCCUUACCACUGCUCUCUGUGUGGGGAGGGAUUCACUCAGCUAA